ACCCUAUACUAUAAAAUUUGUUAAACUAAUUUCUUAUAAAAUUGAAAAUGUUAAUAUUAUUAUUGCAAUUGUGAAAAUAUAAGAUUUAUUUUAAUUUUAUUCUACUUUAUGUAGAGAAACUUGAUGGAGGUACCACCAAGGAAUAGUUGUAGUGUAUAUAUGGACAUUUAUAUAUAUAUAUAUUCAUGUGUCUCUUAAAACUCUUCACAAAAGAAAAUUAAUUAACUUGUGGGUGGGAGAUAUAUAAUUAUAAACUAAUACAAUGGAAGAAAUGUAUUGUAUUCAACAUUUCAGUCACGAUCAUAUUUUGUAUCUAGAUACAUGGUGGCAUGACAUACAAAUGAGUUGUGGGUUAUGCAAUUGCUUAAUCCUUAAAUGCCAAAAGUAUUACUAUUGCUUUGGUUGUGACUAUCACAUCCACAAAAGAUGUGCUAAGUUGCCUCAGUAUAUUAACAACUCCUUACAUGAUAUACACCCUCUCACCCUCAUUAGGAAGAGAUCAUCAUUUGAUGAAAGCAUUAUUUGUUGCUUUUAUUGUGAGAAGCCCUUAGGAGAUCAUGAAUAUGCUUAUACUUGCAAUCUUUGUGCUUUCUACGUUCACAUCACAUGUGGUUCAAUCCCAUUGCCCACCAUAACAUGCAAUGGCCAUGAAGAUCAUCACAUUGUUCAGUUCUCUUGCCAUCAAAAUCCAAUGAUUCUUGUUGAGCUUGGUGGUGCUAAUAAAGAUGGUCUAGGAGGUAAUAGUAAUCGUUGUUUUGCAUGUCAAUUACCAUGGUCCAUACCAGCUUAUUCUUGCACAACUCUUACGUGUACAAAUUUUAUUCAUAAGUCUUGUGCAAAUCUUCCACAAAAAAUCCAACAUCCUUUCCAUUCACACAAUCCUCUUAAACUUCAAAUUAGUAAACCCCAAACUUGUGAUGUCUGUUGCAAGAAAGAUUGUAUGCUCAAUUUUAGUUGUACCCAAAAUGGAUGCAACUUUAAAUUGGGUACAGAAUGUGCAAAUCUUUGUACAAUUGUUAAAUGUCAAAUCCAUGACCACUCACUUUCUUUAGUGGAAAAUGCAUCAUCUAACAGUGUUCAUUGUGAUGCUUGUCUUAAGUCUUAUGAUGAAUUGAGUGAUAAUGAUGAUUCAAGUAUCCUGGCUAAAAGUCAUGAAGUUCAACAAACUCAGUCAUUCUUUUUUCGUUGUAUGGAAUGUAGUUACAACCUUCAUUUUCUUUGUGGUCCAUUGCCAUAUAUCAUUAAAUAUGAAUAUCAUAUACACAGCUUGAUUCUUAUCGAUUCAAUCAUGGAUGAGGAUUUCGAUAAAUAUUAUUGUGAUGCAUGCGAAGAAGAAAGGAAUCCAGAAUUUCGUGUUUAUACCUGUGUGGAAUGCAAAUAUACAGCACAUAUACAUUGCAUGAUUGAUGAGAUUAUGCAGGUAAUAAAAGGAGACACAAAUGGUGUUGAGCUUUUAUCAUUGGGAGAGAAUCGAUGGAAAUUAGGAGAAGACAUGGACAAGGCAGAAGAUCAAACUUUGAUAGAAGGACUGACCAUUGGGGACAUAAUUGAUGCAUUAUCUGAAGAAGAAAAACAAAAAUUACUUCAACCACUAGAUUUUAUCAGCAACAAAAGAUACUAUAAUUACUAUAGAAACUUAAAUUCCAAAUUUGAUGACUUAGACUCUAUUGAAAACUUUGAUAACUAUAAAGAUUUUUUUCAAUCUGACUAUGACUAUAGUAACUUUCGUAUGGAGGUUCUUUACUAUACUGCUGUAGAAGGUUUAAAAAUUGAUGAUCAAUAUUUAAGGCAAGAGGUAGUAGCAGUGGAUGGUAAAUACUUGGUCCCCAAUACAUUGGCCCCUAUUUUCAAAACAUUUCUACUCAAGUAUGGAGAUGAUUGCAACAGUUCAACAAGCAGUACUGGAUUGAAGAGUGUGGCCUCAACCUUACUAUCCAUAGUCAUUGACAGAAUGUGUAAAACUAAGGUUGAAGAUGUGACAAUGGAUGAUUUUAAAGAAUGGAUUUUCUACCUACGUGGCAUUGGAGAGAUUUCAGGAUUCAGAGUUAAUCAAUUCCUAUUGGUUUUGUUGGAGAAGUCCAUGGAUGCCUAUUUGGGUUACAUGGCCAUUAGAUGUGAAAAACAAAUCCCAGAAAAGUUGGACAUGAAAAUUGAAGCAUUGGAAGCUGAAUUGGACAAGUGCAAGAAGAUGCGUGAACAAAUCCCAACAAUUAUGUCUCAAAAGUCAUCAAGUAUUCAACAUUUUAUAAGCCAAGCUUCUAAAUUGAAGCACAACACUGUGGGUGACGAGUGGUUCUAAUAACGUCUUUAGCUUCACCAUAUUUAUGAUUUCAUGCUUUUCUCCUUUAUCUAUUUAAUCUCUUCAUUAUGUUUUUAUAAUUAAUAAAAAUGUAAAAGACAUUAAUAUUCCUAUAUUUCUUUGUCUAUCUUAUAUUCUACGUUCAUAAUCCAAUACAAACUUAGAUUAUAAAUAUUUUUUUUAAUAAUUAUAAUUUCAAUAUA